AUGGAAACUGCAGAGGGGUGUAAAAAUGCUCUUUCUUUGGAACAAAUAGAUAUCAAACAAGAAAUAAAAGAUUUUAAAGUUGAAAUUAAAGUAGAAGGCCAGCAAUAUGAUGUGGGUUUAGAACAAGAACUGGCACAAGGACAAUUAACUGCAACAAUUGAAAUUGAGGAUUUGAAGAAGGAACCUGACAACAAAAACUUAGGAUUUCUCAGCAAGGAGAUGAAAUUGGAAACUGAGAAAAUGGAAAGUUUAAAAGCACAAAAUCAAAAAUGUGAAGUUGAAUCGCAGAUGUAUCAUCCCAUACCUUAUAAUUUAAAAAGGCGUAUAAAAGUCCAUACUGGUGACAAACUUUAUCAAUGUGUAAUUUGUUCAAGACAGUUUAGUUCGCAUAGGUUUUUAAAGUGCCAUUUUCGUUCACACACCAAAGAGAAACCGUACAAGUGUGAAAUCUGCUCAAAACAGUUUACUGGAGAAGUACUUUUAGAGGAUCAUAUGCGUUUGCACACUCAUGAGAAGUACAAAUGUCAUAUUUGUCCAAAAGAGUUUAAUCAGAAGUAUAAUUUAAAAUACCAUAUAAGAUCGCAUACCGAAAAUAAUUUGAUCGAAUGUGAUAUAUGUUACAAGGUUUUUACUAAAAAUAUUAGUUUAAAAUAUCAUAUGCGGUUGCAUACUGGCGAAACUCCUUAUAAAUGUCAAAUGUGUUCAAAACAAUUUAGUAGGAAAUCUUCGCUUACCAUACACAUGCAAUUGCACACUGGAGAGAUCUUCAAAUGUGAAAUUUGUAGAAAACGAUUUACUCAGAAGUCUGGUUUAACACGUCAUAAGCAAUUGCAUACUGGACAAAAACCUUACAAAUGUGAAAUUUGUAGAAAAGGAUUUGCUGAGAAGUCAUCAUUAAAACGUCAUAUACAACUUCAUAUUGGCGUGGAAAGUCAUAAAUGUCAAAUUUGUUUUCAGCAGUUUACUCGGAAGCAUGCUUUAAAAAUGCACAUGGAGUUACAUACUGGAGUGAAAUACAAAUGUGAAAUUUGUAAUAAAGAGUUUACUCUGAAAAGUACUUUAAAACGUCAUAUAAAAUUGCAUAAUGGUGAGAAACCUCAUAAAUGUGAAAUUUGUUCGCGGCAAUUUGCUCACAAGAAUAAUUUAAAAUCUCAUAUAAAAUUACAUACUGAUGAAAAACCUAAUAAUGUAAAACUUGUAGAAAGGAAUUUACUUCAAAGGUCACAUACAAUUGUAUAG